CGGUUACGUGCGGUUGUUUCGGCUCAAUCUUGACGCGGUGGGGGGAGUCCAAUGGAAGCCUUCGUCGUAAACUAGAGGAGACAAUCGAGUCUGAAUUUAGGCAGAUAAAGCGAGACGAAUUUGUUCGAUGUGCUCCCAAAUUUAGCGUUUGCGCCUCGGCCCUGGACCCGCCGGGUCUCUCCCGCGUGCCCGGGACGCUGGUAUCCGCCGGCAAGCGCCUCUGCUCGGCCUUGUUUAUACUGAACAGCUCGGCUCAGGGAAGCAGCAGGCCCCGGCGGCGCUGCUGCUGCUGCUUGUCUAGCCCUGUGAGGCUAACGGCCCUGUGGGCUCAGCUCUCUGUCGGAUGCUGAUAUCGGCUCUUUAACUCGGCGGAGAACAUGAACCAGAUGCAACAAUGACGUCCAGAUUUGGGAAAACCUACAGCCGCAAGGGAGGAGAGGGCACGUCCAAGUUUGACGAGGUGCUCUCCACCAAGAGGGGCACCCUCAGCACCAAAUGGGGCGACACCACCUACAAGGCCAAGGUGGGCGCCAAGCGCGCCGGCGCUCCCCGCAACGACUCGGUCCUGGAGGUGUACAAGAAGCCGCGGCUCACCGGCGACGGCCUGGACGACCCGUUCGGCUUCGACAGCGACGACGAGUCCAAGCCCGUGUCGUCCCGGGCCGGCGGCAAGUCGUCGCCCUCCAAGCCGGCCUCGGCGGAGCCUCCGCAGGCGGAGAGGCCGGGCCUGCCGCUGGAGGCGGGCAGCCGGUCCAGCUUCCAGGGAGGGUCGCACGCCCCGCUGUCGGCGGCGGAGACGCCGUGCACGUCCGGCGACUGGAAUCAGCUGCGGCUGAUGGAGGACACGGCCCGCUUCUUCAACAGCGCCGCCCCAAGCACAGGAACGUCGUGGCAGAGCUUGACAUCGUCACAGAACCUGAACAGCUACUCGUGGUACCAAAAUGCUACAGACAGCGACAGGAAGCCCCUGGCCCAGACCACCACCCUAAAGACGGGCUCCAAGGCGGAAUCCGCGUACGACUCCUGGGACGACAUCAUGGGCCUCCGCCCACCAUCGCCCAUCCAAGAGCCCCGCAAUCCGGCCCCCACGCUCUCCUGGGGCUCGGCUGGCGCGGGCGGUUUUCACUCGGCGCAGAGUGCGCACAGGAAGCCCCCCUCUCCUCCGCGGUUGCAGAGCCCCAGCGAGAGAAACAACGUAACCGGGCGGUCUGACCUUGCCGAGACGUCCAAACUCUCCCAGACUUCCGCGUCGCUGUCACUUGAAAGGAACUCGAACUGUCGGACGUACAGGAGGCCCAACAAACUGGACUCUGGCAAAGCCUCGGACUCCAGCAGCGUGGACGACGCUGCGUUUGCCACCGGCCUCCCCAGGUCCACAACCGAAGCCAACGACACCAAAACAACAGGCGGGGGAGGGGGCAGGGGCAGGACGAGGGACUACACAGUGCUGCAGCCCUCAUCCACGUCGAUGUGUAACGUCACCAACCAGGACCGGGGCAGGGAAGAGUUCGUCAGCGACGCGGCGCCCGCUAGUGGUGCGGAUGGCGCCGCUUCGGGCAGCACGACCGAGCUGGAAGAGCUGGGCUGGCAGAGGAAAAAGAUUGAAGCGCAACAGCCAAGGCCCAGGCAGACCCAGGCCAAGCCGAAGAAGGGGGACCUGUUCGGCUUCGACGACACGGACUUCCACCAGGAGGAGAACAGCGGCGACGGCGCGGACGGCAGGUCCAGCUACAAGAUCCAGUACUUCGGCUUCGACGACAUGAGCGACAGCGACGGCGCCGAGGACGACUCCGAACCCCACGUGCGGAGGAAGGUCAUGCAGUCCGCCGUCUCCCAGCUGUCCCCGCCGGCGGCCGCGGAGGAAGCAGCGAUCGACGACGACCCGGACCCGUUCGAGAGGCUGGAGAGCCGCGAGAGUCAGCAGAUGUGGGAGAAGCCAGCGGCCAAGGAGAGCAAGAGGACCUCGGAGAGGCCGGACAGGAAGACUCACAGAGAUAUUCUGGACUUCUCAGACGACAGCCUGCGGGUCCUGGCCAGCGGUCCGAGGCGGGCGUCUCAAGGCAAAGCGGCUGAGAAGAACCCCGACACUUUCCGGAGGAUCUUCAGCGCACACAAGAAGUCUCCCACCAAAGCAGUGUACAACGCCAGACACUGGACCGUGGAGAGCGAGGAGGAACCGCCGCCGCCUUUCUUCUCCCGAUCCCACACGAACCCCGCGUCUGUCACGACCGGCGGCUCCAGCAAGGAGCCGGCCCAGUCCCAGAAGGACGAAGGGGUCUUCAAGGCUCCGCCCCCUCCUCCAAAGGUCACCAAGUGUGUCACCGUUCCCACUGAGCCGUACCAGGACACCGUCACAGCCCUCAAGUGUCGUAAAGAACACAAAGAGCUGUACACGGUGGUCCAGCACGUGAAGCACUUCAACGACGUGGUGGAGUUUGGAGAGAACCAGGAGUUCACCGACGACUUUGAGUACCUCGCCACCGGCCUGAAGAGCGGGCAGCCGCUCAACACUCGAUGCCUUAGCGUGAUCAGUCUGGCCACCCGCUGCGCCAUGCCUAGCUUCAGGAUGCACCUCCGAGCCCGAGGGAAGGUGGCCCAGGUCUUCAAGACGCUGAACGACGCCCCCCAGCUCCCGAACCUGGCCCUGUGCACCGCCGCUCUGAUGUACAUCCUGAGCAGGGACCGGCUGAACAUGGACCUGGACCGCUCCUGUCUGGACCUGAUGAUCCGGCUUCUCGAGCUGGACCAGGAUCAGGGAGCCGCCACCGAGCCGGACUCCAGCGUCCAGUUCAGUGCCAAAGAGCUGGCCAAGAUCAAGGAGAAGAUCCGGAAGCUGUGCGACACCGUGCACAACAAGCACCUGGACCUGCAGAACAUCACGACGGGUCAUCUGGCCAUGGAGACGCUGCUGUCGCUGACCUCGAAGCGAGCGGGGGACUGGUUCAAAGAGGAGCUGCGGCUGCUGGGCGGACUGGACCACAUCGUGGAUAAAGUGAAGGAGUGCGUGGAUAACCUGGACCAGGAGGACCAGGAGGAGAAGCUGGUUUCGUCGCUGUGGGGCGCGGAGCGGUGCUUGCGGGUGCUGGAGAGCGUGACGGUCCACAACCCGGAGAACCAGAGCUACCUGAUUGCCUACAAGGACUCGUCCCUGAUCGUCUCCUCCGCAAAGGCCCUGAGGAGGUGUGAGCAGAUGAUCCAGCGAUACAGCAGGCAGACGAACUCGGACGGCGCCAUGGUGGGCAAGGCGGUGGAGGACUGCAUGAGGGCCAUCAUAGGAGUCCUGCUCAACCUGACGCACGACAACGAGUGGGGCAGCACGAAGACGGGCGAGCAGGACGACCUGAUAGUGACGGCUCUGAACUGCGUUCUCAAGGUUCCUCAGUACCUUCCUCAGGAGCAGAGAUUCGACAUCAGAGUGCUGGGUCUGGGUCUGCUGAUCAACUUGGUGGAGUACAGCGCCAGGAACCGGUACUUCCUGAUGGAGAUGGAGAUGGAGGGGGGUCAGGGGCCCUGUGACUUCACCGUCCUGCUGAACGAGCAGCAUCAGGACCUGAGCGGCGGCGGUGGUGGCGGCGGGCCUCUGAGCGCCAUCGCUGCUCUCGUGCAGCUGUUCCUGCAGCGCGAGCGAGCCGCCGUGCUGGCCGAGGCGCAGACCGAUGACCUCAUCAAGGAGGCGCCCAAGCCGGCGCUCGACCAGAGUGGGGAGUGGCAGGAGACCGGAGGCGAGAUCCAGUGGGUCGCCAACGACAACGCCCCGGACAAACAGGAGGAGGCCAAGAAGAAGAAGAGCGAGGAGGAGGACGAGCCGUUGGACCUAAACAAAGCUCUGCAGCAUGCUGGGAAGCACAUGGAGGACAGCAUCGUGGCCUCGUACACGGCACUGCUGCUGGGCUGCUUGUGCCAGGGGAGCCCGAUGAAUGUGACUACUGUGAGGGAAAACCUGCCAAAGGGAGAUUUCUCCAUCAUGACAGAAAUGCUGAAGAAGUUCCUCAACUUCAUGAACCUCACUUGUGACGUCGGCACCGCAGGACAGAAGUCCAUCUCCCGCAUCAUUGACUACCUGGAGCACUGCUAGAAAAGCUUGCCCCCCCACCACACACACACACACACACACACACAGACACAAAGCGGGCCAUGCGGCGCCCCCCCUCCUCCCUCAGUCAAAGGAGCCUCCCCUCCCGUCGCUCUCUGCGAUCAUCGCUGGAUGAUUUGGUUCCUCCGCCUCACCGAUCCGAAGCGUCUCCAGACCAGCGUUACGGCUCCCCGGUUGCUGGUUGUUUUAAGGUUCCUCGGGAUGUUGUUUUUAUCUCCGAUCACACUUCUUUUGCCUUUUGUAAUGAUUUAUUUUAUUUUUUUUUAAAGUUCCUUACAGUUCAGCUCCCGUCUGUCUGACCUUUCCCUCUGCUUAAAAACUUCUCCGUGUUGAUUGACGUCAGAUUGGAGCGCAAAGUGUCCAUUUAAUCCAUCCAGUGUUCAAAGCUUCAAACAUCCUAAGAUGGGGGGGGGGGGGGGGUGGUAAGAAACGUCCAAAAUGAUCCUUUUGCUUUGAAAGUGACAUCCCCUCUCCUCCUCUCACGCUGUGCUUCUUUCGCUCUCGGCUCCGUUGAAAAGAUGCUCCGGAAUCAAAGCCAUUGAUCUUUUCUGGGUCAGAAAAUGGUCUGAGCUGCAGACCGAUAAGAAGUUAGAAUGUGAUCACCUGGAAAUGUUACCGACCCGUUUUCCUCUUUUCAUCAGAACCCAUACAAGCUUUUUUUUUUUCCCUCAUUUGGCUUCCUAAAUCAGGCUUUUUAUUUUAUUUUUCCUGCCAUUUUGGAAAUUGGCUCCCCGUAAGUCUGUUAAACCACAGAAACCUGACAGCAAACUCUUUGCCUUUGUUUAAAGUAUUUGCGCGCGCAGGCUCCAGGCGUCCGGGACUGGUCAGAUUCUGCAGGAUCAGUCUGAACCUUCACGAUCUGUCCGGAUCGGUCCGAGUUUCUACGACCUGCAUACUGACUUCUCUUCAAUUACAACUAACAGAGAACCAGAAUGCGGGGCUUUAAUCGAUUUUUAUUCACGAUAAGCUCUCUGUGGUCGUCUUCUAGAUGUAACUCCUGUUUUUCCUUGUUGAAGUCGGGAGGUUUUCAUCAAACGGCUGGAGCUGGACCCAUAUGAAGGAAGUUAAAGGGAGAUCGUCAGUAUUCAACAUGGCUGAGACGAGGAGAGGAGCUGAAACUGACACCUAUAUGCCCUGAAGUCCUAAAACUUUGAGACGGGCUUCUCCAUAAAGCUUAUUUUGGGUUUUUAAGACUUGAGAUAGUCUGUUUAUGAAGUUAGAGGGUGGACUUCCAGGAGCUCAGAAGCUGAUUGGCUCGUUAGAUCCUGAUACUUUGAAGCUGGAAGAAAUCUAAUCCUAGCAUAAACUUUAGGAUAAAAACUGUCACCGAGG